GCAACAUGGAGGAGCAGAGGUAGAGAGACCGAGCCAUGAGAGUGGAGCCGGCCGCUUUGGGAGCCAUCAGUCCAGGGUUCGGUGCCGCUCUUGCGGGGGAAUGCGUUAGGGGGCUGAGGGGGGAGCGAUGCCGAGGAGGAGGUCGAGCGGGGAGCUGCCGCUGCCCAACGGCUGGGAGGAAGCCCGAGAUUUCGACGGCAGGAUCUUCUACAUCGAUCACAACACCCGGCAGACGAGCUGGAUCGACCCGCGGGACAGACUGACCAAACCACUGACGUUUGCAGACUGUGUUGGUGAUGAGCUGCCACUGGGCUGGGAAAUAGUUUAUGAUCCACAGGCUGGCAUCUACUAUAUCGACCACAUCAACCAGGUCACCCAGAUUGAAGACCCCAGGGCGCAAUGGCGACGGGAACAGGAGCGUAUGCUGAAAGAGUAUUUGGUGGUGGCCCAGGAGGCUCUUAAUGCCAAGAAAGAGAUCUACCAGGUGAAAAAGCAACGUUUGGCACUUGCCCAGGAGGAAUAUCAGCAGCUGCAUGACCUGUGCGAGAAUGACAGCAUCUCUUACGUCAGUUCGUAUUCGGGUUCAUCCUCCAAUACAAAGUACAAUCCUGACCAGAUUAAAGCUGAAAUAGCAAGCCGAAGAGAGGGGGUUUCCAGAUUGAAAAGGGAGUUGGCACAAAUGAAAGAGGAGUUGCAGUACAAGGAAAAAGGCGUAGAGACGCUACAAGAGAUUGACCGUAAAAUGUCCGACAGUCAAACCAACUACAAACUGGAUGAAGCACAGGAAAUAAUGAAUGAGCUGAGAACCAUCAAGAAGUCAAUUACUUUAGGAGAGAAAGAAAGGCAGGACCUUAUUCAGAGCCUUGCUAGACUAACAGAUGAAUUCAGGAAUAGCUGUUGCAUUGAGAACUCCCUGCAGGACCUCCAGACGAAUGCACGCUUGGCCUCUGAGUGUUUAUCGCAGCAGUUCUGUGAAGCAGGGUCACAGACUGACAUCAUCGGAGAGUUUUCAUGUGGCGGAAGGUCCAAACUGGCAGACAGAGUUCGACUUAGUUGGCAGUAUGAAGAAGCUAAGAAGAGGGUUUCCAGCAUCCAACUACAGCUAGCUCAGUUGGACAAUGAGACAUGGCCGGGAAGGGCCGAGGUUGAUUGGGACCGUCUCCAACUGAUCAGAGAGAAGGAGGCACUGCUCCAGGAGCUGCAGCUCAUCAGCCAACAGAAGCGUUUGCCCGAGGAAAUGGCCCGACUUGAGGCAGAACGCCUGCGUCUGGAGGACGAUAUCCAGCAUGCGCAAUCCAUUCCGUGUCAGGAAUUUGCUGAAAGAAUGAUGUUGCAGGAGAAGAGAAACUGUCUAUUAAGACAGCUAGAAGAAGCUACACGUCUAACUACAUAUUUGCACUCUCAGCUGAAGAGCUUAACCGCUAGUUCACUCACCGUGUCAUAUGGCAGUAGCAGAGGCUCACUUGCAUCUAGCUGUGGAUCAUUGGCUUCCAGUAGAGGUUCUUUAAGCUCGGUCAGUUUUACUGAUAUAUAUGGGCUUCCACAAUAUGAGACAGACACAUCGAUUGAUUUGGGGUGCUAUCUGCAGUUUGAUCUUCUUCCGUUUGAUACGAUAGCCAAGGACCCUUCGUUUGUCGACCAUUUAGGACUGUCUAACUUGAGCAAGCCGCGGAGAUCUUUGGAUCCUCCUCAGUCCUUGGCGUCGCUCUCCUCCAGAUCUUCACUCUCGUCCCUCUCCCCACCAAGCUCCCCGCUCGACACGCCGUACCUCUCUGCUUCUCGCGACUCUCCGCUGGCCCAGAUGAACGAGGAAUUUGAGGAGCUGGUAGGGAGGUCGGAGUCAGAAGCCAUCCGAAUACAGGCUCAGGCUGUUUGCCAAGAUUUGCAGGAGGCUGCAUGCUCCCAACUUAUUGGAGCUUCACUCGGAGAUAUCAAGUUAACCCAAGAUGUGGAUCCCAGAGUGAGGCCAGCUGUACAGGGUGUAGGAGUGGUAACCCUGCGUACUGACAGUGCCACUAAAGCAAGCCGAAGAGUAAGAAGAGUCUCCACAGGUUUCUCAGAUGAUUCUCUCGCUACAGACAGUGGAGUCUUUGAAGCAUUAAAUAAAAGGCCGGAGGAUGCAGAUGAGAAUCUGUACGAUAACAGUUCCAUCACAUUCGACCCACCGCAAAUUAAAAUGGGACUUAUGUACGAUCAUCGGGAUGAAUGCUUGAUCGUCCACAUACUUCAGUUACGGAACCUUGCUGCCCUACAGGUGAAAGAUGGGAACAAAGUGUAUAUAAGGAUCUCUCUGCUUCCACUUGACCCCAGCACAACAUUUACUUUCUGCUCCAAGACUUUAGAAGUUCAGGCACUUAUAACAUUCAGUGAAUCGUUUCAAGUUCCGGUUCCGGCCAGCAUGUUGAGGUUAAAGACUCUGCAGCUGGAUAUAUGUUCCAUUGACCAGCAAAUACAGGAAGAGUUAUUGGGAGUUGUUCAGAUCAGCCUGGCUGACUUUGAAAGACCAAGUGAAAUGUUGCUUCAGUGGUAUCAACUGCUAACCUUCAGUAGUAUGGGGACAAUACCUGAGUGGAACAGCAGCCAAUUCAGCAGCACUGGAGUUGUUAGAAAGCUGACGGACAGUGAAAUGAAGGAUGCGGUGUCCAUGCUUUUAGCAAGGACUACAGCUCAGCUGGAGGCAGUGGAGAAACAGUUAGCAGAGGAGAGAGUGAAGUUGGAAUGUACGGAGGAAGAAAUCCAGGAGGAAAUGAAGGAAGAGAAAACCGAAGCAGUGUCAGAAAGGAGCUGGCAGGCAGAGUCUGUGGACAGUGGCUGCAGCAAUAGCGCCCAGCUUAGCCCACAGUACCCAGUGGUGGAACAGCUAAGCGGUGUGGAUGGAAAUGGGAGCCAGCUGCAUGAGUUUGCAGAGCAGAUGAGCCAGUUUGCCUCUAUCAGGAUGAGAGUCCCACGAAUGAAGGUUGACAAAGAGACCAACACUGAAGAGCCUUUUCCUGAAGAGGUUAUGAUUCGACCGAAAGAGAGGAGCAGUCGCCGGUCACGUGGGUCUCCGUUUGUUCGUAGUAGCACCAUUGUCCGCUCUCAGACAUUUUCCCCAGGAGCACGGAGUCAGUAUGUCUGCAGGCUAUACCGAAGUGACAGUGACAGUUCAACACUUCCGAAAAGAUCCCCGUUUAUCCGAAAUGCAUUGGAGAGACGUACUCUACGUUACAAACAGCAGCCAUCUUUCAAAACGCCACUGGUUGAACAUCCAACGCGAACAUCCCUGGACUUGGAGCUGGAUCUCCAGGCAUCCAGGACUAGGCAGCGUCGAUUGAACGAGGAGUUGAAUGCACUACGAGAGCUGAAACAACGGCUAGAGGAGAGCAGGAUUCGGGGACAGGCCGACUUGCCUCAGUGGAUUUUAAGAGAUGAGCGAUUCCGCAAUCUGUUGAAAGAAGCAGAGAGACAGGCAAAGCAGACAAAGUCGGAACACCGCCAAGAGCAAGCAGCUGAGAAAAUGUUGAGGAAAGCAGCCAAGGAAGUGUAUCAACUGCGAGGGCAAAGCCAAAAGGAACCUUUGCAGGUUCAGUCCUUCAGAGAGAAAAUGGCAUUUUUCACCCGAGCACGAAUCAACAUACCUCCUCUGCCAGCGGACGAUGUAUGACACUUUACUAUAUUUUAAAUAUGAAGUAUUUAUCAGUCUCAAUUUUAUUCAUGUGAAGUUACUAGAAAAAACAGUAAGUGAUUUUAUUAAACACUUUUGCAAGGAUUAUUCCUAUACAUCUUUUUGUAAAAAGAAAAAAGAAAAAAAAAAGCCUAUAUACUUAUAUAUUAUAAAUAUAUAUAUAUAUAUCUUUAUAUAUAUAUAUAAUAUUAUAAUUCUAGAAUUGCAGCAAGGCGUGGUUCAUCCUUGUUGUGAAUUUAACAUCUCUGAAGGAAUGGUAUAAUAAAAAAGAUCAAACUAAGCUGUUGUAUAUCUGUUCAGUUUCUGUGUACUCUGAUGUACAUAGGCUUAAAAGGCUGGAAGAUGGAAACAAGGCCAGCUUAAUCAUAUCCACUGUAAUAUAGGUUUCUUAUUUAAAAAAAAUAUUUUCCUUGAAGGAAAAGUCUCAGUUUUAGGUGUAUUUUAAGACUAUAAAGUUCUGCAGUAUUUUGGGUGCACUGGAAUGAAAUCUUAAGCUGGCUUUGUUUCUGUUACCUGAUGUGAAAAUACUAUGCGCUGAAUUAUUAAUGUUACCUUAAUAUGUUUCAAGCUGCACACAUAACUUUAGUGUUCUAUAAUACUCUGUGCCUUUACACUAUAUUGUAACAUUGUAUUCUUUAUCACAACUGUGUAUUGUAUAAAAAAAUUUCGUAGUAACAUCUUUCAAUAUUUUUACUAUUAAAA